CAUACACGCACUGUGUCUCUCUCUCUCUCUCUCUCUCGAUCAUCUUCUGACUACUCAACCAUGGCCUCUUUAGGCCAAUAUUGUACAAGAAAUUGGCUGAGCUCAAAGAACAGCUUCAACACAAUUUCAAUUUCCCAAUCAUGCAAUGCAAGGCAAUUUAGGAACGUAGAAGCCAACCAUCACAGCAGUACUAGGCCCGCAUUUUGCCAACUAUCAUCGCCUGGAGGAAAGAAGCAGCUGCUGAUCAGAACCUUCCAGAAAAGCAAAGAAGAUCAUCAAUGGAGAGUAGGCUGCGGUGAUGAUGGCUCAUGCGGGAUUGCACCUUUUUCCCCGCACAUUCCUUCUGCAUUGGACUUGAUCAAAGACUUUUACAAUGCCAUCAAUUCCAAGGACCCUGAAAAAUUGGACGAGACAUUGGACCAACUUCUGUCAGAUGCUUGUGAAUAUCAGGAUCUUUUCUUUUACAUUCCAUUUCAAGGAAAACAGGGUAUCAAAAAGUUUUUGGGCGACGUAAUGGAAGCGAUGGGACAACAUAUUCAGAUGGUUAUCGAUGACGCGAAAGUAGGCGAGAAUUACAGUGCAAUUGUAUUUUGGCAUCUAGUAUGGAAGGACAAAGACAUACCCUUCAGCACUGGUUGCAAAUUCUUCGAAUGUGAAGAAGUUAAGGGGAAGCUCGUAAUUAGGAAAAUAACCGGCGUGGAAGAAUUUCCUGUAAAACCUGGUGAAUUAUUACUGAAACUGUUAAAGGCAGUCAGCGAAUUUUGUGACCGCUACCCAACGUUAGCAGAAGGGUUGCUGAAGCUACACUCCCAUGGCACGCAUGAAGGAGGACUAGAAACGAUUUUAGACAUGUUUGGCGUGAAAAGAGGCUGAUCGAUCAGGCCGGCCACUUUAUUUGGGUUGAAUCUCAAGUUGUCAGACUGUCAGUUCAACUGUUAUCGAUCGAUAGGGGUUUUAAUUUAAUCAACCA